AUGCGCGCUCUGCGUUUCCACGGGCCCGGCGACCUCCGUGUUGACACGGAUGUCCCGGAGCCAGAAUGCAAGCCUCACGAAGUCAAGAUCAAGCCCGCAUUCGUCGGUAUUUGUGGCACUGAUCUCCAUGAAUACUCCACCGCCACCUUCGUCCCCAUGAAAGACGCCCAUCCCCUCACCCAAGAAACCGCCCCUGUCGGCGUCGGUCACGAGUUCAGCGGCACCAUCACCCAAAUCGGCGACAAGGUCGACUCCUCGCGCGGUCUCAGCGUAGGCGACAAGGUCGCCUGCCAACCCACCCUCUGCUGCUGGGACACUUGCGACUCAUGCACGCACGGCCACAUCAACAUCUGCAGCUCCGGCGGCUUCGUCGGCCUCUCCGGCGGCGGAGGCGGCGUCAGCGACGCCGUCUGCAUCGACCAGCGCUUCAUCUUUAAGCUGCCCAACGACGUCGACCUGGACGUCGGCGCCCUGGUCGAGCCGCUCGCCGUAGCCUGGCACGCCGUGGACCAGUACGAGAUCAAAAAGGGCGACCGGGCGCUCGUGCUCGGCGCUGGGCCCAUCGGCCUGUCGGUCAUCCAGUGCCUGAAGGCGAGGGGCGCCGAGACCAUCAUCGUCGCCGAAGUGGCGGCCGAAAGGCAGAACUUCGCAAAGCACUUUGGCGCGACGAAUAUCGUGGAUCCGAAGCACGAGGAUGUGGCGGCGCGCGUCAGGGAGUUGACGGGUGGGGUGGGUGUGGAUGUCGCGUUGGAUUGCGCGGGCGUGCCGGCGAGCUUGAAGAGCGCGUUUGCGAGCACCAGGACGAGGGGCACGGUCGUGAAUGUGGCGAUUUGGGAGAAGGAGGUGCCCUUCAAUCCGAAUAUGUUGGUGUUUGGGGAGAAGGUUUAUAAGGCCGUAUUGGGAUACCUCCAGCAGGACUUUGCCGGUGUCAUCAAAGCAUUGGGCGAGGGGAAGCUAAAGCCCGUCAAGAUGAUCACGAGCAAGAUCAAGAUCGAUCGGGUCGUUGAAGAUGGGUAUAACGCGCUUAUUCACGAGAAGGACAAGCAUGUCAAGAUCUUGAUUGACGUCCAGGGCUCGUGA